CGUUCGGCGGCGGAGAGGUGACGUUGCGCUCCUGGGCCGUGAGAGGCUGAGGAGGCGCCUCAGGCAGAAGCCCGAGCGAGCAAUUCGCCAAGUCGGGGCAGUUCCUCUGACUGGAAGCCGACAUCGAAGCGGGCGAGCCGAAGGGCCUUUGCUUUCCGGGGGGGAGUGAGAGAUGUGGUCGGCUUGACGCGAAUCUCCGUUCGGUCCCGUCCCCGCCGGGGCCAUGGCCGCGCCGAGCUGGCAAGAGGCUGUGGCCCAGCAGGCUGAGGAGGUGUCAUCCCGGCUGCGGGACGUGCUGUCGGCCGGCGUGGGCCUGCUGCGCACCGAGUUAGGCCUGCAGCUGCCGUCCGGCCUGGAGCCGCAGCGCCUGCCUACCUGGCUCGUGCUGCUCUCGACAUCCCUCCUGGCGCUGCUGGUCCUGCUGGGACUCCUGUGGGCUGCGACCUGCGCCAGGGCGGGAGAUGCUCGCAAGAAGCGCCCUGGCAGGGCAGCCGAGGUGGAAGAAGAAGAAGAUGAGGAGGAAGACGACGACGAGGAGGAGGAAACGGCGGUUGUGGGCCUGACAGGAGGGGGAGGAAGCGGUGGCCCCAACAAGGCGGCUCCUGGGGCAGCCACGAUGCUCUUGCUGAAGGGAGAAGAGCAGAAAAAACGGAAUAAAAAGAAACCGCCGGAGAAGAUGGGCAGGCUCAAUGGUCAGCCCGUUCAUGAAGUGUCUGAAGAGGAAAUAAUGCAGACUGUUCGAAGAGACAACCUAAAACAGCCAUCUGAUGCAGAAAAGAAAACUGAAAAGUCGAAGAAGAACAAGAAGAAACCGAAGGGAGACACCAAAACGGUUCAGGACCAGUCACGCACUGAAGGAAAGGAAAUAGAUGAAGGAGCUUGGGAAACAAAAAUCAGUAACAGAGAGAAACGGCAGCAACGUAAACGUGACAAGGUACUGACUGAUGCUGGAUCAGAAUCGAACCUGCCAGGCAUGGAGAAUUCAGUUACAGUGUCCACUGAACAACUAACAUCUACAACAUCCUUUUCAGUUGGCCCCAGAAAAAGCAAAGGUGACAGUACUUCAAAUAUUCAAGUUAGCAACUCUAAAUCUGGAAAAGGUGAUGCUGUACUCCAACAAGGGUUGAAUGAAGGACCAACAGUAAAUGGAGGAAACUGGAAUGAAAAACCUGUAAAGCUCUCCUCUCAGAUCGGUACAAGUGAGGAGAAAUGGACUUCAGUGUCAUCUGCAGGUAGCAAGAAGAAGAGUGAGACGUCUGCUUGGGGAAAAGAUGCAGCAGAUAAUGGAAAUGGGAAGGAAUGGGGAGUGUCCCUGGUGGGCAGAACCUGGGGUGAGCGCACUUUGUUCCCUAGUAUUGCAGCCUGGUCUGGAGUGGAUGGAAGAAUUAAUACUCCUGAACAGAGUUCUGCUUCAUUCACUUCUUUGGGAUUAAAUCCUGCAGUUUCCGGAUCCAGCAGUGAAUCUGUUUCUCAACCUGGCGCUACUGAUUUCCAGUGGGAUUUAAACCGUAAUCAGGCACAUAUUGAUGAUGAGUGGUCUGGGUUAAAUGGACUUUCUCCCGCUGAUCCCAGUUCAGAUUGGAAUGCACCAGCAGAAGAAUGGGGAAACUGGGUGGAAGAAGAAAAGGCUCCAUCCACCCCACAACUCGAAGAAGCAUUAUCUGAAGUUCAAAAGAUUUCAGAUGAUGACAGAGAGAAGACAGAACCGACACUGAACAGUACUGCAAGUGGCAAAUCAAAAAAGAAGAAGAAGAAAAAGAAGAAGCAGGGAGAAGAGGCUAGCUCUCCUGUACAGGAUGCUGAAGACCUGGAUAGAGAUGCUGGAGAAGAAUGUUCAGAAGAUACCUCAAAAGUUCAACAAGAGGAGAUUUCUUUCUCUUUAAAGACCAUCAGCACUAGUGAAGAAGCUGAGCCUGAGGAGAUGCCCUCAUUUGCUGUUUCUACUGAGCCAUCUGUAACAGUAUCAGAGAAUGAAUCUGACAAGAUACCUUCCCAAGUGCCACAGAUGCUCCAAGAGACAGAAGUUCCUAUUUCUAAUGUUAAGCAAAACAGUGUGCCUCCGCCACAGACCAAGUCUGAAGAGAGCUGGGAGUCCCCCAAACAAAUCAAAAAGAAGAAAAAAGCCAGAAGGGAAACGUGAAUUUUCUGAAAUGGACGUGUGUUGCAGAAACACUUGUCGUGAAGAUUAUGCUGUUUAUGCAAUAAUUUGUGAACCUGUACAGAAUUUUAUAUAAAUUUCAACAGAUUUUUUUAAAAAACAAACUGCUAUGAACACAACCAUCUCUAAGAACAGGAACCGAAGGAAAAUAAGUUGGUGACAUAAUUUAACAGGAAAUAUGACAGUACUGGAAGAUGCAUUGAAGAGUGUAUUUUCAACAUACGGGGAAAGUAAUUUUUAAAAACAACUUGGCUUUACAGCAGUGCCCUGUUUACAACAGAUUAUGCCCUAUUUCAUGUGCAUUGGAGAAAAAAGGAUUGAUCUUAAAAUGAUCUCUAAUCUUUAAAACUUGAGUGUCACUCUACCUGUAAUACAGUGUCUACCAUCCUGAUUUUAAUACGUAAAUCAAAGAACUCUGUUGAAAUACUUUGCCAUAUCUUUUUAAAUACUUAGUAGAAUGUGCUAACCAUAAAGAUAAUGUGAAGAGAGGCUGGACUCUUGGAAGUACAUACUCUUGAUUAGUCCGUUUGACUUAAAGGUAUUACUUCAGGGUGUGUCCAAGGGUUAUGAAUAGAACUAUUCCUUUUUUAAAAAUUGAUGAUAAACUUUUUUGUGGUUUAGGAUGCAAAACUUGCAAAAACUUUAGAUUAAGAAAGUAAAAAAUUGGGUCAAAACAAAAUUGCUUCUGAUAGUCUUCUACAUGCAUUACACACGUUUUAAGAUAAUGGGGCAGUAUGCUCAAAAUCUCAUUGUGUUUUCUUUUUUAUGGUAGUAGGGUGUAACUUUUCUUCCAUGCACUUUUUAAUUUGAUUUAUUUCCCCUUUUUAAAAACUUCCAUAAAUUUAUCUGAGUCUUCAAGGAUAUGAUGGGGAAAAAAGAGGAAGAAAUAAUGGUUUCAGAACAGCUUUAAUUGAUGAGACCAUCCGUAUCAGGAAGUGCUUUUUUUUUGCUGCCUUAACCUGUGUAGAAUCUGCAUCUAGAGUUCUUAAAUGGAACUAGUGGGUAUUUGUUUUUUGUUUUUUUUAAAUCGUGCAAGUAUAGCAAUUGUAGAAUCAUCAACUUUCCUCCUGGAGUUAUGGAUUAAAAUCAGAAUUCAGCUGCAUCAUUUUCAGGCACUGUGUCAUGACAUCGUAUCAAGCAGGCAGGUAUCUAUGAAUAGUGCAUGCUCAGCCAUGUACACUGUAUAUAGCCUUUACAAAAUGUGUGUGUUUAAAGGACCAUAAUUAACAUUAACGGUGAGCGUCAGUUAAAGAAAAGCCAUGAUUAUUUGAUGUGACUGGCUUAGGGUUUUUUUAUGUGGCUGAGAAAUUGUAACAGCUGUAACCAAUGGUACUUUAUUGACUAUCCCAUAAUGUCUCCUUGUAUACAUCUGAAAUUUUGGUAAAUUAACUUGCAAUGCAAGGUCAAUUAAAGCAACAAACUGGAUUUAGUUGUACUGAAGGCAAGCCUUAUUAAUUGAUAGUGUUCCUAAUAAAUGAAUACUAAUGUGCAGAGAGGUGUUAAUUCCUGUUUCAGGAACAUGGCAGAUGUUUACAUGUUCAGAUGUUUUGUUUUAAUUCAGUGACAUUUCUAAAUCAACUUUGUUAAAAUAAAUUGAGCAAAUUGAUAGCAUUGUUUUAUUUAUGGGAAGGGAGUAGUAUUUAGACAAUGUUUAUCAGGAGAGGAGUGGUCCAUGAAACUACUUAGUACUGAAAUACAGUUUUCAGCAGUGAUUUAAGAGGGUGUUUAAUCAUAUCUGUUCCUUCCUGUAAAUUUGCCAUUCUUCAUAUACAUCUUAGUGUGAUAACCGCCAACCAUUUCCAGUGUAAAUUUUUGAAUGUGCAAAAAUACUGUGUCACCUUUCCACAUUUGAUCAGAGAGAACCUUCUGAAAAAGGUAGCCUUGCCCAGAACAGCCAUGAAAUUGAAGACAGAAAACAUCUUCGCCUCUGUUAACAUAGCUUAUUUCAAAUGGUCACAAUUCCUUACGGUACACUUGUUAAUUCACAGGAGUGCUUCAGCACAUCACUUUCAUGAGGAAAAUUGUAAUAUGGAGGGGAUUUAUAUCCAGAGUCAAACAUAAUAAGAUGUUUCUGGUGUUAAACAGGGUUUUUUACACUGAAACAACCUGUGGAAGCAUGUCGUAAAUCACACUAUGGGUCUGUAGUUCUGUGGUCCUGCUGCUAAAUAAUACAAUGAAGGUACUUUCAAAAGUAAAAUUUGUCCUUUGGGUAAGCCCUAUCUGUUCUGGUUUCAUGGUGUGUUUAUUAUGCCUGCUCCUUGUUUGUCAGUGGAUGCUCAGUAGGACUUGAGCUCAUCACUGUAGAAAUUGUGGCUCAAAUGUCUUGGAGGAAUGGCCAUUAGUGUUCCAUUGAGAAGCAAGUGCUUUUAAAAUCACCUGAAAAUAUUUCUGUAUUUAGAAAAGGGGUAGUAGCAAAUGUGGAAACACAUAAAGUAACUCUCAGUGUGUUACCUUGCUCAGUUUCUGUGCUGCCUGAUCACAUGAAGAGUUAUGGGUGUGCUGACAGUGGGCUUGGGAGGAUCUGCUGAAUCCAGUGCCCAACUAGGAUUUAUAAUUUAAAGACCCUUAAUCUGUCUAUAUUAAUUACAGUCCCAAGACUGUUGGGGUGAUCCUAGGUAGGGUCAUCCAAAUUGCAACCUUUACCUGUGUAGAAGGGUGGUGUUUUGAUGGGCCUUCCCAGACUCCAUAAUUUGAAGAUUCCUACACUUUUUUCCCUCAAGCUUCAGUAUUACUACCGCUAAAGGUUAAAUUACAACUUUCUCACCGUAGGGGAAAUGGCACUGAAUUCUUACUGGUUUCCGCAGUUUGUCAUAAGGCUGUGGAGCAGUGUAUGAAGUUUUUAGAAAAACCUCUGAGUCUAAGCUCCCAAGCUGGGAACAAAUGAGAAAGCUGACGGCAAGAACACUGUUUCUCAGUGAAAUAGUUUAAAUUGCACAGUUGACAAUAACAAAAGUGUAUCACCAAAAAAAUGUAUUAAAGGAUGUAGGCUGGGAGUGAACAUCCACACUUGAAUAUGGUGGUCAAAAGUACCUUCCUAACCAAGUGUACCCUGCUGUCUGUUUAUGGAGCAAACCAGCUAACCAUUCUCAUCAGUGAAGAGUAAUGUGGGUUUUGUAACUUUUGAAACUGUUUGUAUGCACAACUUUACAAAAAUUGUGAUAUGUAAUUGGGUAGUCAUUGCAUGCUUUAAUCUUCUUGAUUUUUUUGUUUUUUC